UUAGCGUCUGUUUAACAGAACCCCUUGUCCUUAGGUAGGCCUAUAAUUAAUAGGGGGCGAUGGACAUUUUUUUCCGCAGAAAGCAGAUUGUUCGACGGCCAACCCUCAAUUCUGUUGUCGCACCUUUGAAAGCCCGUUUUCUUGACUCUCGUACCAGUAACUCGGUUCUCGGUUUCUUCAGUUUCAACAAGCUCACCAUGGUUUCGUCAAAGCCGGUCGUCCCCUUAGAGAAGGAGGACCAUGCGCGGGAUGCUGCGUUUAUGAAGGCCCUGCACGGCAAGUCCACCGACGCCGCUGGUGGCUUCGCCGCUAUGCUUUCCAAGGACAAGAACGCGAAGCAAGUCGCUGUAGACGAGUACUUCAAGCACUUUGACAACAAGCGCGCAGAAACCGAGACCGACGCCGACAGAGAGGCUCGGACAAAGGAGUACGCCAGUCUGACAAGGCAUUACUACAACCUCGCAACCGAUCUGUACGAGUAUGGCUGGGGCCAAAGUUUUCACUUCUGCCGGUACUCGAUUGGCGAGAGCUUCUACCAGGCCAUUGCCCGCCACGAACACUACCUCGCCAUGAAGACUGGCAUUCAGGCCGGCAUGAAGGUUCUUGAUGUUGGCUGCGGUGUCGGCGGGCCGGCCAGGGAAAUCGCAAAGUUCACAGAUGCUCAUAUCACCGGCCUCAACAACAACGACUACCAAAUCGAGCGUGCCACACGCUAUGCCGCGAAGGAGGGUCUCUCCGGCCAGCUCAAGUUCGUCAAGGGUGACUUCAUGCAAAUGUCUUUCCCCGACAACUCAUUCGACGCCGUCUACGCCAUCGAGGCCACUGUCCACGCCCCCAAGCUUGUCGGCGUGUACAGCGAGAUCUACCGGGUACUCAAGCCCGGCGGCACCUUCGGCGUGUACGAGUGGUUGAUGACGGACAAAUACGACAACAACAACCUGGAGCACCGCGACAUCCGCCUCGCAAUCGAAGAGGGCAAUGGCAUCUCCAACAUGGUGACCAUCUCCGAGGGUCUCGCGGCCAUCAAGGAAGCCGGGUUUGAGCUGCUCCACCACGAGGAUCUGGCCAAGCGCGACGACCCGAUCCCCUGGUACUGGGGCAUUGCUGGCGAGGUCAAGUACAUGCAGUCAUACUGGGAUCUCUUCACAGUACUGCGGAUGACGCAUGCGGGCCGGACAGCUGUGCAUCACUUCACCGGCUUGCUCGAGACGAUCGGUCUCGCGCCCAAGGGCACCAAGAAGACGGCCGACGCGCUCGCCAAGGGAGCCGACGGUCUCGUUGCCGGCGCGAAGAAGGACCUUUUCACACCCAUGUACCUUAUGGUCGCCCGCAAGCCGGCGAAUUAAGCGGCCUGAGAGGGAAUUUUUGCAUACAGCAUGAGAGAUGACGGGGAGACGGCGUAGUCAUCAGGACGGGCCAUAGAAUUAGUACUAAUAUUGUCUAAUAGCUCGGGGGGUAGAGGGCUUUCAUUGAGUCAAACUCAAUCCCCGGCCCAACAGUCACGUAUACCCUAUAAUGAAUUCGAUUCCUGUUGCAUUC